AUGGCCGCCCAUGGAUCAACUGUCACUAUUGAAGCAGGAUAUCGUCCUGGCUUACUCGCCAGAUGUCUCGAGAUGCACAUAGCUUACUACCACCCCAUAAAUUCCUGGGGUCUAGCAUUCGAAGCCUCAGUCGGCGCAGCAUGGGCCGACCUUAUCUCAAGACUCAACUCCAACCCUCGCAACCAAGUCUUCGCCGCAAUCCAGAACACAACGCCUGAUGAUGAUCCUGCAGCAUUUACACAGAAGAUCGUGGGUACUAUACUCGUCGAUGCUGAGAGUAUGAAACAACCCGGCAUGGCGCAGAUCCGAGGUUUCAUAGUGGACGAGCGAGCCCGUGGUCUCGGCGUUGGGAAAAGAUUGCUGGCCGCAGCAAUGGAGUUUGUGGAAGAGAUGGGAUUUGAGAAGGUUUCACUUUAUACCGCGAGAACACAGGAGACGUCGUUGUUUCUCUAUGAUAGAGCUGGUUUUGUUGUUGUCGACGACACGGAAAAGGAUCUGUGGGGUUGGAAGAUGAAUGAGUUGACACUUCAAUGGACGCGCCCCGGUGCAGCAAGUCCGAAAGAUGAUAGCUUCGGCAACAAGGGAAAAUGA